AUGAGUAAGUUUUAAUUUUGGUCAGAGAGUAACAGAUCUAAACAACAUGGUUUCCAAUAGAGAUUAGUCAAGGUACCCAUUAAAAAAUUCUUUUCCCUGCAGUCAUUUUCCACCGUUUCGUCUGUAAAAAUUUUAAAAUAUAUCGGUUCUGUCUGCAAGCCCAUCUAAAAAUUUUUUUAUAUUGAUUUGUGGCGAAGAUUAAGUUCAAGAUUUGGAAAGAAGCCAUGGAUGUGGCUCCUUGAGUUCUCGUACUGUGAAUUUCUUAAGUUUAUAAAGGAAGUGUUAAAAGUGCAAAGCUCAUUUUUUUUAAAUAAAUUUGUACACUAUGAUCAGCAAAUCAAAUCCUGAAAUUUUUAGCUUGUGCUUUGCAAGUUUAGCCGUAGUUUUUAACUAAUCUUACCCAUCCGAGAGUAUGCUGAAUUCAGAGAGUGGUUUAAGAAGAUCGUUCUUGCAAAUCGCGGGCUAGCAAUCCCACAUAUAUUAUACAAAGACUUGUUCUAAAUUCUCGCCAAUUUUUAUCAGAUAUGCGUCACACUUUGAGCCUUCCACCUAUUAGGUAAAUAUUUUUACUUUAUUUCAGAAAUACAUAUCUUUUGGUUGUGCUCAGCUGAUUCUAUUAGACAAGGUUCUUUAUUUAGGUCAUUAUUUUAUCAGUUACCGCAGCAUUCUCUCCCUUCCGUUCAAAUUGAAACCCCUGACAUACUUUUCAAAAACCGGUCACCCCGUUUUGAUGAUGACAUCGGAGAAGUUUCGCUUUCAUUAUCGUUAUUUUCGAACUCGAAUGAAAUGUUUUUAGAACUUAUGAAGAUCUCCGGUUCGUUUGCUUUAAUCUUUGAAGGUCCACACGUUCGGGUUUCAUUCGGUUUGUUCGCGGGGCUUCUUCUAAUGCGGAGUAUUGUAAAAAAUGGCUUGGGAAGAACCGCUUUAUUGGAUAGUUGAUCUCGAAAGAAUUGGCGUUACGGGUGCUCUGGACUUUUAAUAUAGAGCAAUGGAAUUCGACUUCUAGCUUCGAUUGUUUCAUGUGAUCUAAAGGGAUUGUUAUGGAAGAUAUCAAAGGUAGAGAAGGGAUAAAGGACGCUUUCUUUUUUGGUUGUCAGCUCGUUUUUUGAUUUUCUAUAUGUGAUUAGUUCGAACGACUUGAAUUGUAGUUCGUUUUUUGGACCUACUAAAGAACCGUAAUCGACACACCCUCAGAAAUGUUUAUUUUGCAUUUCACGCCAGUUGGAAUUCAGAAAUACUUUAAUUUUUUCAAAUCAUCAAAGAUUAAAUUUCCGGUAAUCUUUCUACCUAAAAAUCGGACUGGUGUUUGCGAAGCAUGGGUUAAAAAAAUCGUGUGUGUCUUAGAGACUCUAAACUAACGUUAUGCCAACUUGUGAAAAAAUCGGAGCGUGGCUUUGUAUGCAAUGGAAUUCGCAGCUAAAAGGCAAAAAAAUAGUUUUUUUUAUCUCAUUUUCGAUUUUUGCAUGCCUUUCUUCAAUUUUUUAAUUCCAACCAAAUUCUUAAUCAAAUUUGUGUUUGUUACAGUAACCCUUAACCCCUCCGCUUUUUAUGUCCACCCACCUUUUCCCUCCACCCCCUUAGGCGAUCAAUUUCUUGAACCUUUAAUCCAACAAAAACAUUGUGGUAAGAGAUGCCGCGGGUAGUUCCAAAAAGAGUCUCGCCUCCGUCUCGAGUACAAUACCCCAUCCAGGAACAUCAAACCAUUGUUUACACAAGAACUUUCCGCGCCAUUCGACAAUUAUCCGACCGGAUUGAGGGUGACGGCGGAUCCAUUUCAAUGGGUCACUAACUACUUUUUUCGCCAAUUGUUUUCGGAUGCCCAUUACUUUCACCGACGGCGGCGGACGCGAAGGUGUUACAAUAACUUUCAAACGAUUUAUGGGGAUUUCAAUUUUCGUGGAAAAAUCUUUAUUCAAACACGAAUGAUGGGGUAGUGACGUAUUUUAAAAUUAAUUUUUUGGUGGUAUACUGUAUUUUUUGGCUGAAAAUGAAAGUCGUUCGAUUUUUGCAAAACUCAGAAAAAAUGUAAACUGCAAUUUUUCACAAAAUGUUCAGAAAAUUUUAGACCGCGCUUUGCAGAAACCGUUCAGAAAUAGACAGCUCAAAAACUCGAAGUGGUAUAAUAUUUUGGUAGAUUUUUGCGGAAAAAACGAUUUUUUGUUCAAAAUUGAUUUGUAUGGCCCAGUGUUCUCCCCGAACGACUUUCGGACCAUUUGAAGCCAUUUUCACCGCUUGAAACACAAUGCCAAUAUUUUUGAAAUUUGCGGGAAAUUUGAAUUUUGACAUUUAGCCGUACCCCAAUGACAUUUUUAUACUAUUACGGACUUUUGCUUCAAUUUUUCCUCCAUUCUGAAUAUAAAAACGUGCCGUUGGCUCGCAGUCGAAUGAAGAAUUUAAUCGAGGAUGGGAAUCGAAAUCGGAGUUGACAUUACCUCCGCUCGAAUUCGGUUUAAAACCGUUGCGCUCUUUCAUUGUCUUCAGGGCGUCGGGCUUUUCACGGAGGGGAAAAUGAGGUCAAAAAUGUUUUAAACUUAUUGUCGGCAAGCGGUUUUCCGCUGCGUUAUAUCAGAGGUCAGGUAAAACUGGUCGCAAUCCGGUUAUUCCCUCGAAUUUGAGGGCUUCUUAGGGGCUUUGUGAGGUAAAAACGUGGUUUAAAUGUCGUAAAAUUACUGUAAUUCUUGUCUGGAAAAGAUUUAAGGCCUUUUGAAGUUUUAAGUUUUCGUGGUGGGACCCAAAAAUUAUUAAAUUUUUAUUCCAAAAUUCAAAUACAAUAAUUUGAAAAGCUUACACAAAGACUUCUGUGGAUUUUCACGUCUCCUACUGCUACAUUUAUCACACUGUAAUUACCUUUAAAGCCGCUUUUUGUCUCCUUUUUCCGCUUUCCUUGAUCCAAAAUCGUUCCUCUGACCAUCGAUGGAUUAGACAACAAAAAACAUUUGCAAAAUGCUCAACGUUGCGCAACAGCGACAAGCAAGUGGAAAGUGAAUGAGCCGAUUUUCCCGGUUGACAAGUUUCGCGCGGUCAUGGAUCAAUGAGGGCUAAUCGCUGGUGUUUUUUGAGGGAAAAAUGACCGUUUUUAUACGGAGUUUAGACAGCAAUCAUUGUUUCAUAAAUUUGAGGUGACAAUAGAGGGAAACACGGCGAUUAAAAUCGAAAAUUUCGGGGUUUCAGGUUUUCGUGGUGAGACCUAAAAUUUUUGUUCAUGAAGUGUAAUACAACUAGAAAAAAGUUGCCAAAAUUUAUUUUGUAUAUUUUUUGAUGCAUUCUCUACACAUCCUCGUAUUUCUACGAGGACUGUAGUUGUUUGUCGCGUAUUUUACAUAGUAACAGAAUGCCAAACUUUGUCUCACAGCGAAAACUUUCCCGAAAUUGUAAAAUUCGAAAAUCUCGAAGCGUAAUUCUCAAGAAUUUUUUCUCAUAGCCAGAGGACCUGCCCGUUUUUACACCACAAAUUUUUCAUUCCCCCAAAAUUUUUUAAAUUCCACCGUCAUUUCCUUCUCCAUCACCGAAACUGUACCCUUCACUGGUCCGUGAUUUAUUUAUCAACAAACAUCUUAUUUUUAGCGACGGCCCGCUGAUCAAACCCAAAAAAAUAGUAGUUAGCGUCUGAUUUACUUAUUUUUUAAAGUUUGUUACGGGUGAAACCAGAUCGUCAUGAACAAUAUAAUUUUCUAAACUGGUUUUGAUCGAAUUCUUGUAUUUUCAGGGAGAUUCCGCUUCCUUCUGGGCCAUAACACCGAACUGGCCGCGAAGAGAAUGACAAAUUGCGGAGGAAUACCUGCAAAUCGACUGGUAAGCGAGGUUUUUUGUUAGUUUUUGAAAUUUAGGUAAUAUUUUUGUGGAAAGCGCAACUUUAUUGUGUGAAAGUAGUUAAAAUAGCUUCAAUCUUUUCAGUUAUUUCUGUUUGAGCCUCUUUUUAAUCUGAUCAUGGGUGUUUUUGCUAAUUUUUGACAUUUUUCUUGCCUGAUAUAUAAAAUAAUAUAUUUUUGCGAAGUUUUUCGAAUUUUUGAAAUUUGAUGUGGGUUUAAGCCAAGUAGAAGGCCGCAAUACAAGUAUUGACACUUCUUUUUUCAGUUUGUCUACGUAUUCCUGUUCGCCACCGCCCUUGUUUUCCUUGUUGUUACCCAAUACGAUAAUUCGUGGGAUGGUCAAGCCACUCCGGCUGCACCAUUGCCUCGUCGAACCGAGAAUGAAGACUGGGUACUGGAAAAAGAAGAGCUGCCUGGGGAAAAAGGACCAUUAAAGAUCGAAGAUAUUGAAUUCAAUUUGAAGAAUCAGCCACACGAAUCGUUGGAUCAUUUUGAAAAGAAAUUGGCUGAACGGAAGUUGGCCAAGCCUGGAAAACAGGUUGUUGAUGGGAAAAGUGAGGAUAUGAAGCCUCCUGGGACCAGUCCAGCAACAUUUAUGAAAGCGUUGGCCGAACAAACUCAAAAGAAUCGAACAAAGUAUCCAAGAAGAAUAAAUAUGGGGGAAUGUCCAAAAUUAUUCGGAAAAGUUGUGGUAUUUGUGGCAUACAUGAAGAGUAGCUAUGACACGUAAGUUCUUUUAGUUUUAUUUUUCAUAUUUAGGCAUCUGCGAUAUUAUUUUAGUCAUUUUUUGGUUAAAAUUUUGAUUCUCACCACGAUGUCCCUCAAAAUCAGGGGAAGUCUCUAAAGUCAUCUCAAAAUGUACAUAAUGGAUAUGUAAAUCUUGAAAAUGAAGAGAAACAGUAAAAUAUUUAAUUUCAGUCAUUACAAAGUUGCCCAAGACUCGUUGAAAUGCUUUCUCGCCGCUUCUAAUUACACUUUACUGCUUGUCGAUCUUUAUAAUGACACGAAAGUCAACGAUAACUGCCCGCAUGAUCAAUUGUUCUUCAAGAAACAUUGUGCUGCCUCAGUUUAUUUAGAGGAAGCAGAUUGGAUGUUGGUUUUGGAUGCAGAUGCCGGAGUUGUGAAUCCAAAUCAUUGCAUUGAAGAGUACAUUGAUGAUAGGGUGGAUUUGGUCUUCUAUGAACGGUUUUUCAAUUGGGAAAUUGCUAGUGGAAAUUAUCUGGUGAGUAUUUAGGAGUUUCUGGGAGGUUUUGGAGGAUUUUUGGACUAAUGUUUUCGCGGUGGGACCAAAAAUUUCUUGAAAAUUUUAAAUUUUUUCAAUUUUUAACGUAAUUUUGGGUAAUUUUAUUCCCGAUUUUGAUUGAAAACCAACUGUAGAUGUCAUAUUUUUUCUUAGGUUUUGCUUUAGACAUCAAUUUCAGGUUAAAAAUACCCCGUUUGCUCGAGAUUUUCUCCGUCGAUGGGCUGAUUGGCAAUACACCCAACCGGAGAAUUGGAAUGGCGCCGACAAUGGAGUACUUCAAAUCCACAUCCUUCAGACUGUAAUGCCCGGCGCUAGAGCCGAAAUAAAAGCUUGCGAGAAAAUCUGGCUUCGUGGAACGGGUUACGACACCUACAUGGCCUAUGUAACUUGUGUCAAAGUGAUGCUGGGUAAGUAUACACAAUUUUUUUCGAUACGAAAUUGUUAUACGGUCCCUUUUUUGCGAUUUUGAAGCCACUGAAAGGCUAAUUGCAAAAUUUUUGGAAAAAAUUAUAUUAUCCAUGAAGAAAUGAUCUUAGAAACCUUACUUCUGGUAUUAAAUUUAAUCCGUCUUGUUUCAGGAGCCAAUAGAUUAUGGCCGGGGAAGAUUAAGAUUGCCAGAAGAGCCCACAGCUUCAUCCGAGACGGGUAUUUGACGACGGAUAAGUGGAGUGAAUACGACUUUAUGUUGCAUGGCUGGAAAGCCCAAGAAAUUGGCUUCAAUGGAUGGGAAUCUCCGUUCUCGGUAGGUUUCAGGACUUUUGGGAUUGGUCUUGAGUAUUUUUUUAUAGAAGUUUGUGAGGUUUGUAGGCCAGAGAUAGACUUGACUCAUUUUGAGUCAAGUGUUUCUCUGUCCAAAAUUGAGCGUAAAUCGUUUAUAAUACAACGAAAAACGUAAUAGAUGAUCUCAAAUUUUUAUUUCAGAAGAUGUUCAACCAGUCAGAAUGCGGAAAAGGCUUUGCCGGCUGGCAUUACCGCCUAAAUAAGCGAGUUUCCCCGAAGAUAAUUCGGACUGAAUUGGCCAACUUCGAGAAGAUGAGUGGUGGAAACUUCCCCAAAGAAGCCCGAGUGCACCCAUAUCUCUCGGAACCAGACAUAGGCGAGUGUUAUCCACACUGCGAUGACUACACAUAA